AAACAAUGUCAGGUCGUCACAGCAGUAUUAAUCCAUCUUUUGAGCAGGCUCACCGGAUGAAGAAGACACCACGGACCCUGUUACACCUGCCCUAUUCAUCCAGAGUAAGGACAAUCCCCGAAGAGUAACACUUAAACUUUCUCGAAUUAUCCCCAGGUGACCUUGCACAUCAUCAUGUAAAACAAACUCCAAACUUGAGUUCAUCUCAAGCUUAGCAAGGUAACACGCAUGUUCUCUGUAGCAAACGAUAAACAUGGAAAAGAAAAAGUGUCGAGUAGUAGUGGUUGGAGCUGGAAUAAGCGGUUUGUCUGGUGCAAGAUUGUUAGAUGGCGCUGAUGUUGACGUUACAGUAUUAGAGGCACGUAGCAGAGUAGGCGGAAGGACAUACACAAAACGGGACCAAAGUUAUAAGUACUGCGAUGUGGGUGGAUCCUACGUUGGUCCAACACAGAACAAAAUCUUGCGCCUCUCUCGGGAACUUGGAGUUGAGACUUACAGGAUUAACAACACGGGAGAUUAUGUUCACUUUUCAAGAGGUAAAACUUUGCGAUUCCAGUCCACGUGGCCAGCUUUCAAGAAUCCAUUUGCUUGGUUGGACAUAAACAACACAUUCCGUCUAAUGGACAAACUUUUGGAACAGAUCCCACCAGAAAGUCCCUGGCUGUGCCAAUACGCUGAUGAAUGGGACAAUAAGACGAUGAAAGAAUGGUUCAAUAGUGUCUGUUGGACUCGAACAGCUAAAGAAUUUUGCCAAUCAUUUGUACUGACCAACGUCUCCAUGGAACCUGGCGAGGUGUCCAUGUUGUGGUUCCUCUGGUACGUACGGUCUUGCCAGGGUACGAAAAGAAUAUGGGAGGUCGAAAAUGGCGGACAAGAGAGAAAGUUUAUUGGAGGCUCUAUGCAAAUCAGCGAGAAAAUGGCGGAGCAACUCGAUGAAAGGGUUAUCCUUGAAGAAGCCGUUGUGCUCAUAGAACAGAGUGACGAUGGUGCUGUAGUCCACACAAAUACCCACAAAAAGCUAGAGUGUGAUUACGUCAUUGUUGCCCUGUCUCCUAGUCUAUAUCAACGCAUUCAAUUUUCGCCUCCGCUACCAGCAUUACGUAGUCAACUCAUACAACGAGUGCCUAUGGGAUCAACAAUUAAGAACUCCGUCUUCUACAAGCGCGCGUUUUGGCGUGAUGCAGGUAUGAAUGGAUUUGGUACUGUUAUUGAUGAAGGCGAGCCAGUGAUUAACGUUGUAGAUGAUUGUAAACCGGAUGGCAGCUUCCCUGCCCUUACAGGAUUUAUACUCGGUGACCAAGCGAGACGUCUCACUGUAAUGACAAGAGAGGAACGCAGGCGCCUCACGUGUGAAUGUUAUGCAAAAGUAUUUAAAACAGAUGAGGCUCUGGAGGCUCUGGCAUACGAGGAGAACGACUGGAAUGCCGAGGAAUGGUCGGGCGGCUGCUAUACGAGUACUUACCCUACUGGUGUAAUGACCAGGUUUGGCAAGGAGAUCAGAAAGCCGCUUGGUAGAGUGUAUUUUGCCGGGACAGAGACCGCAGUAAAAUGGUCAGGUUAUAUGGAUGGUGCCGUGGAAGCCGGAGAACGAGCCGCAAGAGAGAUUUUGUGCAGAAUAGGUGAUAUUUCAGAAUCUGAGAUAUGGCAAGACGACGCACCGCCAGAGGAUGUGCCAGAGCUUGCAUUUGAGGAAACAUUCUGGGAACGCAAUGCCCCUUCUGUUGAUGGAGUUAUUAAAAUGACGUCUCAGACUAUUAUCAUAGUAACUGCAGCAGUCACAAUUUACAAAUAUAGCAAGUUUCAUUCUGCUUGGUACAAUCGACUCGGGGAAUAUGUAAUGGGUAAAAUGACUGGUUGAUCGAGACUGGCAUGGUGUCAUCGAAAAUACUUAGAAUAGAUGAAUAUUUUUGUAUAAAGAUAUUUAUAACCUGAAAUACACGUCUAUACACUGAAAUAUACUGUAAUGAUUUUGUUUGGAAAAGUGUGCUGAAUUAAAAGCAGAAUAAGUUAAAUAUCAAUUAAGUUUUUUGUCUAAUUACGAACAGCUUGUAAAUGCAUUGGUGUUAAUCGUUGAGGGGGAGUGGCAAGGUCAAACUGAUGAUGG